AUGGACAGUAAAUUGGAAGAGGUACUCAAAAGCGUAGUCAAUGAUUUUGCCAUUGACAAAGAGUUUCUUAUUAAGGCCACUCAAAAGUUUGUCUCCGAUAUGGACGCAGGCUUAAGUAGUAAAGAGCAGACCAGAGAAAACAUGCCCAUGAUCCCCACCUUUGUCACCAGUCUUCCCAAUGGAAAAGAAAAGGGUCUCUACUUAGCAGCAGACUUAGGAGGAACCAAUUUCCGUGUAUGCUCCAUCGAUCUCCAUGGCGAUCACACUUUUGAAUUGAAGCAAUCGAAAUUCAAAAUUCCCGAAGAUCUCAUGUCCGACAACACUGCUGAGAAUUUGUUCAAGUAUUUAGCUCUGAAGGUGGGCUUCUUCUUAGAUGAGCAUCACAAUGAAAUUUCAGGAUCAUUAAAACUCGGAUUCACUUUUUCAUUUCCAGUGAAUCAAACUGCGUUGAAUAAAGGGACCUUGAUCAGGUGGACAAAAGGGUUCGAUUUACCUGAGUGCGUCAACAAAGACGUUGUUGAGUUAUUACAAACCUGUCUUGACGCGUUAAAGCUUAAAGUGGACGUUGUCGCUUUGGCAAACGACACUGUCGGAACGUUACUUUCGAGAGCCUACUCGAACAAUCCAAGUGAAACAAAUGCCAAUACAGUCGUAGGUGCCAUCUUUGGAACUGGUACCAACGGUGCGUAUUUUGAAACCCUUGACAAUAUCAAGAAAUUAGAUUCUGAUACUGUUGGCGAAAAUGUGUCAGGUAUGGUUAUCAAUACUGAGUGGGGCUCGUUUGACAAUACCUUAGAUAUUUUACCAUCAACGAAAUAUGAUGAGAUUGUGGACAAACAAACAGCAAACCCAGGCUAUCACUUAUUUGAGAAAAGAAUUAGUGGAAUGUUCUUGGGAGAAUUGUUACGCGUUACUUUAGUUGAGUUAUUCAAAGAGGGCCACAUAUUCACUGAUUUGUAUAAGUCCAGAGGGGGAUCUUUACCACAUAGAUUGGCUGAGCCUUGGCAACUCUCAUCAGAAGUGUUGUCAUACAUGCAGAUUGACGAUUCAACUGAUUUGAAAAUGUCAGAAUUGAUAUUGGAGAACGUAUUGAGAUUGCCAACAACGAAGGUGGAAAGAAUCUUCAUUCAGCAGCUCACUCAGGCUAUUUCGAAUAGAGCUGCAUACCUCUCAGCUAUUCCUCUAGCUGCAAUUCUUAUUCGGGUGAAAGAUCAAUAUAAGGACGACCCGAAAGAUUUCGAAUUUGGUUGUGACGGUUCAGUAGUCGAAUUUUACCCAGGCUUUCGUGAGAAAGUUCUUAAGGCCAUUGAGCUCAUUGAUCCAUUGAAAGGGGAGAACAAGAAGGUACGCUUACAAAUUGCAAAAGACGGUAGCGGUGUUGGUGCCGCAUUGUGCGCUAGCGUAGCGUAG